GCCGUGGAACGCAAACUGUCCUUUGAACUGAUAUGGAGGAUUCCUGUAUAUAUAUUUCAUGAGGAGAUGCUACAGGAGAAGGUCUCGGCUGGGACAGAUGAAGGCGUGACCGUGGACCCUCCGGCCGGACCUCCAGAGCCCGUCCCCAAGACCUCUCAUCUGGGGCCGGCUGCGUCGGCCACCACGCCACUCAGCAAUGAGCCUGAUCAGAAUAUCAAGAACAUCAAAGUGUUCCUUCAGGAACGGGACCUGUGGAAGAAGUUCCACGAGGCUGGGACUGAGAUGAUCAUCACCAAAGCUGGAAGGCGGCUGUUCCCCAGCUACAAGGUGAAGUUGACAGGGAUGGACCCCAAAACCAAGUACAUCCUACUGGUUGAUGUUGUCCCUGCCGACGACCACCGCUACAAGUUCUGUGACAACAAAUGGGUACCAGCAGGGAAGGCAGAGCCAGCCAUGCCCGGCCGGCUGUAUGUCCACCCAGACUCACCUGCCACCGGGGCCCACUGGAUGCGUCAACUGGUCUCCUUCCAAAAACUGAAGCUCACCAACAAUCACUUGGACCCGUUUGGGCACAUCAUCCUGAACUCCAUGCACAAGUUCCAGCCGAGGCUACACAUCAUCAGGGCUGACGAGAACAACACCUUCGGCUCCAAGAACAACGCUUUCUGCACUCACAUCUUCCACGAGACCGCCUUCAUCUCCGUCACGUCCUACCAGAACCACAAGAUCACCCAGCUGAAGAUCGAAAACAACCCCUUCGCCAAGGGCUUCCGGGGCAGUGACGAGGGGGACCUGCGUAUGACGCGUCUGCAGGGGAAAGAUUACCCCGUGGUCUCUAAGAGCAUGGUCAGACCGAGGCUGGUCUCCUCACACAGACACCUGACGGGGAAGCUGUCAGGGCACCUACAGGCCCUUCCUCACUAUCAGUAUGAGGGCGUCAGUCCCGCGCCCAACACUGACUCACAGGAGCACCCCGAAAACCGAUUCUCCUCCGGCAGAGAACCAGGCCUGCUUUACCACUGCUGCAAACACAGAGAUAGCAGCCGACACUUGGAGCUGGGGUGCAAACGGCCGUACCUGGACACAGUGCCACCUGCUGUCACAGAGGAGCGCUACUUCCGCUCCCCUCCCUCCUUCGAGCCCCCGCUGCUCUCCCACCCGUACUGCGGCGAGGCGCUGAGCUCCCGAGAGGCCUGCAUGUACAGGGGCAUGGAGGGGGAGCUGGGGGCGGCGGCCCCCGACGACCUGACGCCCCCUUCCCUGAACUGCAACGUGUGGGCGUCAGUGCAGCCCUGCCCCAGGUACCACGUGCAGACGGUGGAGGCCAUGCCCUACCCGCCUUUCACCGCCCACUUCACCAGCCCUGGCUCGACCGCUGCCCCCACCGCCGUGCCCCAGAUCCCUGCCUCCACCCAGUCCCCCACCCGGCCUGUCUACCGCCCAGGGGCCCCGUCCCCCGCCCCUUCCUCAACACCGGUCCCCAACCUACAGGACAGAGGCUCCCACCCUUCCGCCUACCCCAGGAAUCCCGUACCCUCCCCGCUGCCCCACAGAGACUAUCCGACAGUCCCCCUGCAAAACCCCCCCUCAGUUCGGGACCCUCACUACCUGCAUCAGAUGGGGCUGAGUUGCACGGGGGGACGCUGGACUGACAGCUAA